GGGGAGGCUCAAGGGGCGGCGGCGGAGGCCGGGCGUGGGGCGGCGGGGCCUGGGCGCGUCCCUGCAGCGUUGCGGGACGGCCCCGUUCCAGUCACCCCCUCCUCGCUGCUGUGGCCUCGGGCCUGGGCGCCCGCCUUCAGCUGCGGCGGAGCUGGCUCUGUAAAUGCCGGUGCCCGCGAGCCCUCCUAAAUGCUUGUCUGCGUUUGACGAGCGCGGCCUGUCCCGAAGCUGUCCACUGCCACCACUCAGGCAGUGCUUGCCUUAGUCUGGCCCUUUACAGCUGACAGGCGUGACUUGGUGUCGGGUGGUUCGUGGGAAGUCGGGGUUUCGGGAGUCCGUGUACUUCCUUGUUUGUCUUUGUCGCUGGCCGACUUGUCUCCAUUCCAGGUGCCCAGAGCGAGUGGGGCCGGGCGUUGUCACGGGUAUGAACCCGACGAAUGUCAGUCGUGUGGCGGGUCUUGGUUAUUGUGGGUCUGGGUCCCUCCCCCCGCCAAGGCCACCUAGGACAGGGACACCCAGGGUCGCCAGCGAGAGGGUACCGGGCGGUGGUUGGGUGGGGUCCGCUACUCUAAGUUGUGUGGGAGCCUGGGGGGCGGGCGACCUCCGUGCUAAGGCCUCUAUGACGAGAAGCAAGCCAGGCAAAAUUGUGAGAAAAGCGCGUCUCAGGCAGAAAGUUUGAAGACCCUGAGGGCGGAGGAAGGUUGGCGUUUUCAGGCGGAGGAUGUGGCUAGAGUGUAAUGGCAAAGGGGGAAAGCGAUGGAGGUAAGGAUGUUGAUGUAGGCAGGUGCUGGAUUCGUAAGAGGUUGGAGUUUAUUGUCACUGGGACAAUGUAAGCCAUUUACAGGUGACUCAUGGAUUUUUUUUUUUUUUUUUAAGAGACUGGGUGUGUUGCUGUAUUGCCCAGGCUGGUGUGGAACUCCUGGCCUCAAGCGAUCCUCCCACCCCAGCCUCCCAAAGUGCUGGGGUUACAGGUGUGAGCAGCCACACCCAUCGUCGUGGAUUAUUUUGAAUUGUCUUUUAAACGACAUCAAUAUAGCCCUUUAUAACCCUGUAAUAGCUUUCCAGGCAGUAUACCUUAAAUGGCAAGAAGGAAAUAAAUCAUCUGACAUCACUCAGAUUGAAGAGGAGAUUUUUUUUUUCCCUCGAUUGCCUUAAGUAGUAGCAUACUUUCCCAAGUGAGAAUGCCUUCAGUUGGCUUUUAGCGAUUUUGACAAGCAACAACUAAAGGGAAAAUCAUGAUAAUUACUGUCAUUUUAUUGAGGACAGGGGACAGACUCUGUGCCUUGUUAUAUUUAAUCCUGGCAAAAUUUUGCAUUCAUUUUCUCAUUGUUUUACUGGUGAGGAAACAGGCUAAAUAUGAUUAAGAAAUCUUUAGCCCAGGAUCUCACAGCUAAGUGGUGGAGGGUCGGGAGCUGAGGCCAGAGUCCCGACUUCCAAGCCUGCCCUUCACCUCUCUGCAGUGACAUGAGGCUUGCUUUUGGUUUUCACUUUGUGUAUAGAUCUCUGUUUACUUUUGGAUACUACUGUGGUCUCCACCAGGUACUCUCUUCCUGAGGAAAUCGUGUUUGGUGUUUGGCUGUGCUCUGUUGUUUCUGAUACCUGAUAGGAACAGGUGAAAUGAGGUGGAGUAGAUGGAGCCGUGAGUGUUUGUAUACAGAAUUCAGGUGUGGGGGAAGCAGAACGUCCUGUAGGCGCCUGAGGUGGUGGUUUCUCAGUAUGAAGUCCCUUAAUGUUACCCAGCUGUGAACCUAGGGUUGUGUGUACCUUUCGAAGUUCUGACAGCUUGGUCCUGUCUCUUCCCUCUAGAGACGUAGGAGUGCAAGUGAUCAUAAGUGAGACUGAUUAGACUGGCCUCUUUAUUUAAAAAAUAAAAUCACGAAAUGGAGUCACCUUCGUAAUAACAGCUUUCUGUGAUGCACCGGCAACUGUCUGCUCCCCUCCUCGCUGCCCGGAGAUUGGCUUUUGUCAGUAGUCUGAGGUAUCAUGAUAUUAGCUGGUUUGACGUCAAGCCAUUUGUGAGUCAUUAGAUCUUCUCCUGAAAAUGGGAGACACAGUAGGGCCCCUCCCAGGAGCUCUUGGCUGUUGCUGAUGGCAGAAACCAAGCUCGUCCAAGGUUCACUUGUAGCCCCACAGCGUCAGCUCAGCUGGUGUCGUCCUGACCAUGGACGGCGCGUCAGCCGAGCAAGAUGGCCUCCAGGAGGACAGAUCCCACAGUGGCCCCUCGGCUCUCCCCGAGGCCCCCCUGAAGCCCCCGGGCCCACUGGUGCCACCUGACCAGCAGGACCCACUGGUGCCACGUGACCAGCAGGACAAAGCCCAGUGUGCCGAGGUAAACAGAGCUUCCACGGAAGGAGAAAGCCCGGAUGGACCUGGCCCGGGAGGCCUCUGUCAGAACGGGCCAACGCCACCCUUCCCAGACCCUCCGUCAUCUCUCGAUCCCACCACAAGCCCAGUGGGCCCUGAUGCCUCUCCAGGUGUGGCUGGUUUCCAUGACAACCUAAGGAAGUCUCAGGGAACUAGUGCUGAGGGCAGUGUUAGAAAAGAAGCUUUGCAGUCUCUCAGACUCAGUCUUCCUAUGCAAGAAACGCAACUGUGCUCUACAGAUUCUCCCCUGCCCCUGGAGAAGGAGGAGCAGGUCCGACUUCAGGCUCGGAAGUGGCUGGAAGAGCAGCUCAAACAGUACAGGGUGAAGCGCCAGCAGGAGAGGUCCAGUCAACCUGCAACCAAAACGAGACUUUUUAGCACGCUUGAUCCUGAGCUCAUGUUAAACCCAGAAAACUUACCAAGGGCCAGUACCCUGGCUAUGACAAAAGAAUAUUCCUUCCUGCGCACCAGUGUCCCUCGGGGGCCGAAGGUGGGCAGCCUGGGGCUUCCGGCACAUCCUAGGGAGAAAAAAAGUUCCAAAUCAAGCAAAAUCCGGUCUCUGGCCGAUUACAGAACUGAAGAUUCAAAUGCUGGGAAUUCCGGGGGAAAUGUCCCGGCUCCCGAUUCUACCAAGGGUUCCCUGAAGCAGAACAGAAGCAGCGCGGCGUCCGUUGUGUCUGAGAUCAGCCUGUCCCCCGACACUGACGACCGUCUGGAGAACACCUCCCUGGCUGGAGACAGCGUGUCUGAGGUGGAUGGAAAUGACAGCGACAGCUCAUCGUACAGCAGCGCCUCCACCCGAGGGACCUAUGGCGUUCUGUCGAAGACGGUGGGCACGCAGGACACCCCCUAUAUGGUCAACGGCCAGGAGAUUCCUGCGGAUACCCUGGGCCAGUUCCCCUCGAUUAAGGACGUCCUCCAGGCCGCAGCCGCUGAGCACCAAGACCAGGGACAGGAGGUCAACGGGGAGGUGCGGAGUCGGAGAGACAGCAUCUGCAGCAGCGUGUCCUUGGAGAGCUCUGCAGCAGAAACACAGGAGGAGAUGCUGCAGGUGCUCAAAGAGAAAAUGCGACUCGAAGGACAGCUGGAAGCCUUGUCACUGGAGGCGAGUCAGGCACUUAAAGAGAAGGCUGAGCUGCAGGCCCAGCUGGCCGCCCUCAGCACGAAGCUGCAGGCGCAGGUGGAGUGCAGCCACAGCAGCCAGCAGCGGCAGGAUUCGCUGAGCUCGGAGGUGGACACUUUGAAGCAGUCGUGCUGGGACCUGGAGCGAGCCAUGACCGACCUGCAGAACAUGCUGGAGGCAAAAAAUGCCAGCCUGGCGUCAUCCAACAACGACUUGCAGGUGGCUGAGGAGCAGUACCAGAGGCUCAUGGCCAAGGUAGAGGACAUGCAGAGGAGCAUGCUCAGCAAGGACAACACAGUGCACGACCUGCGACAGCAGAUGACAGCCUUGCAGAGCCAGCUUCAGCAGGUGCAGCUGGAGCGGGCGACGCUGACCAGCAAGCUGAAGGCGUCGCAGGCGGAGAUCUCGUCCCUGCAGAGUGUCCGGCAGUGGUACCAGCAGCAGCUUGCCCUGGCACAGGAGGCCCGCGUCAGGCUGCAGGGUGAGAUGGCCCACAUCCAGGUUGGACAGAUGACCCAGGCAGGUCUCCUGGAGCACCUGAAACUCGAGAAUGUGUCCCUGUCCCAGCAGCUGACGGAAACUCAGCACAGGUCCAUGAAGGAGAAGGGGCGCAUUGCGGCACAGCUGCAGGGCAUUGAGGCUGACAUGUUGGAUCAGGAAGCAGCCUUCAUGCAGAUUCAGGAGGCAAAGACGAUGGUGGAGGAGGACCUCCAGAGGAGGCUGGAAGAGUUUGAAGGCGAGAGGGAGCGGCUGCAGAGGAUGGCGGACUCGGCGGCAUCCCUGGAGCAGCAGCUGGAGCAGGUGAAGUUGACUUUGCUCCAGCGAGACCAGCAGCUUGAGGCUUUGCAGCAGGAGCACCUGGACCUGAUGAAACAGCUCACCUUGACUCAGGAGGCUCUGCAGAGCAGGGAGCAGGCCCUCGAUGCCCUGCAGACACACUACGACGAGCUGCAGGCCAGGCUGGGGGAGCUGCAGGGUGAGGCCGCCUCCAGGGAGGACACGAUCUGCCUCCUGCAGAACGAGAAGAUCGUCUUGGAGGCGGCUCUGCAGGCGGCCAAGAGUGGCAAGGAGGAGCUUGAGAGAGGAGCAAGACGCUUGGAAGAAGGUACCGAGGAAACGUCGGAAACUUUAGAGAAGUUAAGAGAAGAAUUAGCCAUCAAAUCCGGCCAGGUGGAACACCUGCAGCAGGAGACUGCCGCUCUGAAAAAGCAAACUCAAAAAAUAAAGGAACAGUUUCUUCAACAAAAGGUGAUGGUGGAGGCCUACCGGCGCGAUGCCACCUCCAAAGACCAGCUCAUCAGUGAGCUGAAAGCCACCAGGAAGAGGCUGGACUCGGAGCUGAAGGAGCUGCGGCAGGAGCUGAUGCAAGUGCACGGGGAGAAGCGGGCCACGGAGGCAGAGCUCUCGCGCCUGCACAGAGAGGCGGCCCAGGUCCGUCAGCAGAUGGCGGACCUUGAAGGGCAUCUCCAGUCGGCACAGAAAGAGCGAGACGAGAUGGAAACACACUUGCAGUCAUUGCAGUUCGAUAAGGAGCAGCUGGUUGCAGUCACAGAGGCCAAUGAGGCGCUGAAGAAACAAAUCGAAGAGUUGCAACAAGAAGCCCGGAAGGCCAUCACGGAACAGAAGCAGAAGAUGAGGCGGCUGGGCUCAGACUUGACCAGCGCCCAGAAGGAGAUGAAGACCAAACAUAAGGCCUACGAGAACGCCGUGGGCAUCCUCAGCCGCCGCCUGCAGGAGGCCCUCGCGGCCAAGGAGGCUGCGGACGCGGAGCUGGGCCAGCUCCGAGCCCAGGGCGGCAGCAGUGACAGCAGCCUGGCUCUACAUGAAAGGAUCCAGGCCCUGGAGGCGGAGCUGCAGGCUGUCAGUCAUAACAAGACGCUGCUGGAAAAGGAACUGCAGGAGGUCAUCGCGCUGACCAGCCAGGAGCUGGAGGAGUCCCGGGAGAAGGUGCUGGAGCUGGAGGACGAGCUUCAAGAAUCCAGAGGCUUUAGGAAGAAGAUAAAAUGCCUCGAGGAGUCAAACAAGAAGUUGGCUCUUGAAUUAGAGCACGAGAAAGGGAAGCUUACGGGCCUCAGACAGUCCCACGCGGCUCUGCGGGAACACAACAGCAUCCUAGAAACAGCUUUGGCCAAGAGGGAGGCAGACCUAGUCCAGCUGAACCUUCAGGUGCAGGCGGUUUUGCAGCGCAAAGAAGAGGAGGAUCGUCAGAUGAAGCAUCUUGUCCAGGCCCUGCAGGCUUCACUAGAGAAGGAGAAGGAGAAGGUGAACAGCCUCAAGGAGCAGGUGGCCGCUGCCAAGGUGGAAGCCGGGCAUAACCGCCGCCACUUCAAGGCGGCCUCCUUGGAGCUGAGUGAGGUGAAGAAGGAGCUGCAGGCCAAGGAACACCUGGUGCAGAAGCUGCAGGCCGAGACCGACGACCUUCAGAUUCGGGAGGGGAAACAUUCCCAGGAGAUAGCACAGUUCCAAGCAGAGCUGGCCGAGGCCCGGGCGCAGCUCCAGCUCUUGCAGAAGCAGCUGGACGAGCAGCUCAGCAAACAGCCUGUGGGAAACCAAGAGAUGGAAAAUCUCAAAUGGGAGGUGGAUCAGAAAGAAAGAGAAAUCCAGUCCUUGAAGCAGCAGCUGGACUUGACGGAGCAGCAGGGCCGGAAGGAACUGGAAGGGCUACAGCAGCUGCUGCAGAAUAUCAAGUCUGAGUUGGAGAUGGCCCAGGAAGAUCUGUCCAUGACCCAGAAGGAUAAAUUUAUGCUCCAGGCAAAAGUGUCGGAGCUGAAGAACAACAUGAAGACCCUGCUCCAGCAGAACCAGCAGCUCAAGCUGGACCUACGCCGCGGUGCGGCCAAGACGAGAAAGGAGCCGAAAGGCGAGGCCGGCUCUUCCAACCCUGCCACGCCCAUCAAGAUCCCGGACUGUCCAGUUCCCGCCUCGCUGCUGGAGGAGCUGCUGAGGCCACCGCCCGCCGUGAGCAAGGAGCCCCUCAAGAACCUGAACAGCUGCCUCCAGCAGCUCAAGCAGGAGAUGGACAGCCUGCAGCGCCAGAUGGAGGAGCACACCCUGACGGUGCACGAGUCUCUGUCCUCGUGGACUCCGGUGGAGCCAGCCACUGCCAGCCCUGCGCCCCCUGGGGGUCACGCCGGCCCACGCAGCGACGCACAGAGACACAGUCAGAGCAGGGCUUCCAAAGAAGGGCCGGGAGAGUGACUGCUGCGGACUGGCCUCCGUGUGCCGCUGCCCCAGAAUGCUCCUUAUCAACGUUAUUUAUUUGAUUGUGUGGUCGAUGUUUUUCUAAGACAUGAAAUUUAAGUUUUGUUUUGCCUUUAACAAGGAGUAAAAUAUAUAACAGAAUGAGAGCCAAGGAUUAGAAAAACAUUCGAAGAUCACAAUUAGCUUUUCCCGUGGAAUGACGAACUCUUCAAAGCCUAAUAGGCUCUCGGCGAGGAGCUCUGAACAGGUCUGAAGGGUUACUUGUAGGACGUGUCUUCUGAGCGGCCACCGACGCGGCUCUCUGUGGGUGACAGGGAGAGGCUGCAUAACUGGGAGAAGCUGCAUGACAGGGUCUGCGGCACCGCGCCUGGCCAGGCUGGCUGCAGUUUCUCACUUCCCGGUUCCAUUCAGUAAGAGCUUUACUUUUCUGCAGAAAUGAAAUUUUAUUUGUACCUUUGGCUUUUUACUUGUUUUUUUGGAUAGCCAUCCUACCAUAGGAUGUGUACAUAGAUACUGCAGAUCAUAACCCAAUCUUUGUUUUUUUUUUGUUUGUUUGUUUUUUUGUUUGUUUUUUUUUUGAGACAGAGUCUCGCUUUGUUGCCCAGGCUGGAGUGCAGUGGUGCACACUCAGCUCACUGCAAGCUCCACCUCCCAGGUUCAUGCGAUUCUCCUGCCUCAGCCUCUCGAGUAGCUGGGAUUACAGGCGUGCGCCACUAUGCUAGGCUAAUGUUUGUAUUUUUAGUAGCAAUGGGGUUUCACCAUGUUGGCCAGGAUGGUCUCGAUCUCCUGCCCUCAAGUGAUCUGCCCAUCUCAGCCUCCCAAAGUGCUGGGAUUACAGGUGUGAGCCACUGCGCCUGGCCUGUAACCCAAUCUUUAAGAAGCAUAUGCUCAUAUUAUUUAAGAAGAACCUACUUAUUAUUGAUUGCCUUUUGAAAAUUUGUUGGGAAUAAUUUACCUGUAGGAUUUAGGGAUGUCAGAAAAUUCUAUUCUAAGAAAUAUAAUUAUUUUAUUUACCUUCUAAAGCCAAAUAUUCUUACACAGAAAGGUCCUCUGUUGUUCUGAUUUUACUUUGUUGCUGAGGAUCUUUCCUUCCCGCUGGUCUCUUCCUCUCAGGCCACUGGCCCUGUGUGAUUCCACUGUGGCUGGCCACCGGGAAGGGGCAGCUUGGACCCUUGGUCAGGCCUGACGGCCAUCAGGAGGCACAAGGACACUGAGGCCCCGUAUCUGAUCUGACCUUUGGGGGGCACAGGGAGAGGCCAGAGGGAGAGGAAGGAGGGUGGAGGAGGAGGAGGAGAGUGGGCCAGGGGCUCCCUGCAGCGACUCUUGUGGUUUCCCCUGGAGUCAGCCAGGCGUAGAUUGCAGGCGGUAACAAGCCUCACACUUCUGUUCCCCAAGUGAAAAUCUUUACCAGUGUUUGUAGGAGCGCCUGUACUCGUGUAGUCAUCAGGAGAAGUCCUGGAUCCUUUGUGGUUACACCAGCAUUGUGUGGCGAGCAGAGGCGAUUUCUGGAAGAGACAGGCAGGCAUCGUGAGGAAGGUGGCUGUGUCUCCCAGCGUGUCUCAGAAACAGAUGCCUUAUUUAAAAUCAGCACUACAUGUGUGAGAUCUUCUGUUUCCCACCCCAAAUCCUGAAACACUGCAGACACUGGCUGACUGGGAGAGUUGGGGUCUGUAAGUUGUCCCCUAGUUUGCUAAGAAAAUCUAAAAUAAUAUUUAUUGUAUGAGUUAGGAGAGAGAGAAUGGGUCCGCGUGGCCUCCUUUGCAGAUGUACUGGUCUGAAACGAGGUUCUGAGUCACUGGCCAGGCCAGAUGUGCUCACGUCCGUGUCUUGUGUCUGUUUUGUGGAGAAAACAGUAUGGUGUGUUUUAAGCUAUUUGUGUUCUGUUGUAAUAUACUUUUAGAAGGCUAAUUGGUAAGGUUAAGGUAGCAUUAACCACAAAGAUGUUUGGUAUUUAAAAAAUAUUAUCUAGCAAAUAUUGGAAGUUCCAAAAUAUAUAUAUCAUUUGUACAGGGUUAAUUUUGAAAUAAUACUUGAAAAUUUCAUUAUAAAUAUAUCCUACUUUUUAUCUUAAGUUGAAGAUGUUAUUUACUAAAUUGUUCUUGUACCAUUAGAAAAAAAAUAUGGCAAUUUGCUUUCUUAUUUAUUUUGGCUGUACUACCCCUUUGUUUUAAUUUUAAAAUCAAGAAAUCGGGCCGGGCGCGGUGGCUCAUGCCUGUAACCCCAGCACUUUGGGAGGCCGAGGCAGGUGGAUCACCUGAGGUCAAGAGUUCCAGACCAUCCUGGCCAACAUGGCAAAACCCUGUCUUUACUAAAAAUACAAAACUUAGCCGGGUGUGGUAGUGCACGCCUAUAAUCCCAGCUACUUGGGAGGCUGAGGCAGGAGAAUCACUUGAACCCAGGAGGCAGAGCUUGCAGUGAGCCAAGAUCGCGCCACUGCACUCCAGCCUGGGCGACAGAGUGAGACUCCGUCUCAAAAAUAAAUAAAUAAAUGAUUUAAAAAAAUUUAAAAUCGAGAAAUCACACAUUCAGUGGGGAGCGACUUCUUGCUUAUCAAAAGUCCUCGCGUGAGUGAUGUUCACUGUGUAUUUUUUUUUCUCUUAGGACAAACUAAUUCUGAAAAUACUGAAGGGAAAGUAGCUCUAUGUUUUCUCAACCCGGUUUUCCUGUGUGUGUGCCCUUGGGUGCGAUGCCUCCUCCAGCACUCUGUGGCCGCUGGUGCCAGGGCCCCCUCUGGUUUGGCAGGGCCUGGCUGCCUUUGCUCCCUGUGGUGAGUCUUUUGGUGUUUUCAUGCACGGCUUGUGCUUCUGGAUCUGAGGCCUCUUGUGUUCACGCAGACGCUGCCUUCAGGCUUCCUUCCUUAAGAAGACGCCUGGCCGGGCACGGUGGCUCAAGCCUAUAAUCCCAGCACUUUGGGAGGCCAAGGUGGGCGGAUCACGAGGUCAGGAGAUCGAGACCAUCCUGACUAACACGGUGAAACCCCGUCUCUAAUAAAAAUACAAAAAAUUAGCCGGGCGUGUUGGCGGGCGCCUGUAGUCUCAGCUACUCGGGAGGCUGAGGCAGGGGAAUGGCGUGAACCCAGGAGGUGGAGGUUGCGGUGAGCCAAGAUUGCGCCACUGCACUCCAGCCUGGGGAACAGAGAGAGACUCCAUCUCAAAAAAAAAAAAAAAAAAAAAAGCCUAAAAGAAGAAGUUGGAUUUUUUUUUUUUUUUUUUUUUUUUUUUUGAGACAGAGUCUCACUCUGUCACCCUGGCUGGAGUGCAGUGGCACGAUCUUGGCUCACCGCAAGCUCCGCCUUCCGGGUUCAAGUGAUGCUCCUGCCUCAUUCUCCCCAGUAGCUGGGAUUACAGGUGCCCGCCACCACACCAGCCUAAUUUUUGUAUUUUUAGAGGGGUGGAGUUUCACCAUGUUGGCCAGGCUGGUCUUGAACUCUUGACCUCAGGUGAUCUUGAGCCUCAGCCUCCCAAAGUGCUGGAAUUAUAGGCAUGAACCACCGCCCCCGGCUGAAGUUGGAUUUUUAACUUGCUUUUUUUUUAUUGUUGAGGUUUUUUUCUUAUCUCCAAGGGACUCUCCUGGCACUUCUACCUCCCAGAGUUACUUCAGUGUGUAAAGUUUGAAUUAUUUUGUUCUUGUGGGCAGAAGUGGGAAUGAUGGAAUAUCCUCACAGAAAAGGCAGUGAAGUUCGGAGUAUUGCUUAGAAAACAGGGUCACCAGCGCAUUAUGUGGCGUGUUCAUCCCCACGCUGUGUGUCACAGGCUAGGGCGGCGUGUUCAUCCCCACGCUGUGUCACAACAGGCUAGGGCACUUCACGAUGUCACUACUUGUUUUUCUGACGUUCCAAAAGCAAUGUAACUUGUUUUCAUGUGUUCUUCCAUGGUAUAUGUGAGAUUGAUGCUGCGGGUCUUACGGACUCACACCCCCGUUCCCACUCUCUGCAAUAUGGAUCAGGCAGCGUUUUUGAUAGGAUGUGAAAUGGACUCUCCUGGGGUGGGUCCAGCAGGGGCCCUGCCCACCAGAACACAGUCCGUGCUGUGCUGCGCUAGGGAGCUUGCCCUCAACUCUCCUUGGUGUAGGGUUCCCACAACAGAGUCCUAGUUCCCUGAGGUCUUUAAAAACAAAAACAGAAUGUUGUGUGUGAAGAUUCUAGGAGGGGAGGGGACCAGCAAACCUGAGACAGGGGCCUCCUUCAAGGAGCCCUCAGAUGUGAGGAGGGACUUGUGACGCUGUGGUGUCAGGUGUUCUGAGCUCACUGACCAGAAGGUCCAGGUGAAUCUCGUCAUACAGUGAUCUCAGGCUCUCACAGGAUCCUGAGGGAAAUGUGUUAGAGGGUCUGGAAAAUUCAGUGCUUUUGAGUUACUUGUUUUUAUUAAAAAUUUCCUCACAAAAGAGAGUCCUCAAGUUGUGGCUGUUCUUGGGAAAGGGGUCACCGUGUCUGACGAAGUGUAACUUUAAAAAAGCACGUUGAUUUUUUACAAAUGUAAGUGUGCUUGGGAAUUCCUUAAAUUUUGUGCAAUAAACUAUUUUUUGGUAAAGA